CCCGCCACCUACCUGCUUCAGUCGGUCCUUCAGUUUCCUGGAUCCCAGAGACAGUGACCAGCAGUCUUCUACACCAUGGCCAGCUGCUGGCAGGGCCUGUGGGCUUAUCGCACCUACCUGCUGGUGUUCUUCCUGCCCAUUUUCCUGCUGCCUCUGCCCCUUCUUGUCCCCGCCAAGGAAGCCUACUGCGCCUAUGCCAUCCUUCUCAUGGCACUCUUCUGGUGCACUGAAGCUCUGCCCCUGGCCGUCACCGCCCUCUUGCCUCUCGUCCUGUUUCCCCUGAUGGGCAUAACGAAGGCCUCUGAGGUUUGCCUCCAGUACUUUAAGGACACCAACAUCCUGUUCAUUGGGGGGCUGCUGGUGGCCAUUGCUGUCGAGCACUGGAAUCUGCACAAACGCAUUGCCCUCCGCGUACUCCUUGUCGUCGGGGUGCGGCCUGCUCUGCUGAUGCUCGGCUUCAUGUUGGUCACGGCCUUCCUGUCCAUGUGGAUCAGCAACACGGCCACCACGGCCAUGAUGGCCCCCAUUGCACAUGCUGUCCUUCAUCAGCUGCAGAAGGCACCCAAGGGCAAGGACGCUGAGGAGGGCAGCAGCAACCCCGCCUUUGAACUCCAGGAACCGAGUCCCCAGAAGACCAAACUUGAUAAUGGGCAGGUCCACCCUGUCCCUCCUGGUCCUUUGGAGCCAACGGAACAGAAGAGCCGGGAGCAGCAUCGCUUUUCCCAGGGCAUGAGCCUGUGUGUGUGCUACUCAGCUAGCAUCGGGGGCAUCGCCACACUGACUGGUACCACCCCUAACCUGGUGCUGCAAGGCCAGAUCAACUCGCUCUUCUCCAAAAAUGGCAAUGUGGUGAACUUUGCCUCCUGGUUCAGCUUUGCCUUCCCCGCAAUGGUCAUCUUGCUGCUGCUUGCCUGGCUUUGGCUUCAGGCCCUCUUCCUGGGGUUCAACUUCCGGAAGAACUUUGGCUUUGAGGGACGGGUACGGGAGCAAGAGAAGGCAGCCUUACAAGUCAUCCAAACGGAACACAAACUGCUGGGUCCUAUGAGCUUUGCAGAAAAAGCUGUCACCAUCCUCUUUGUUCUUCUGGUGCUGCUCUGGUUCACCCGGGAGCCGGGCUUUUUCCCUGGCUGGGCCAGCGCUUUUCCCUAUGAGGAUGGGGAAAGUGUGGUGUCUGAUGGGACAGUGGCUAUCUUCAUCAGCAUACUUAUGUUCAUCAUGCCCUCCGACAUCCCAGGGCUGACUCAGGAUCCAGAAAAACCAGGGAGGCUGAAGGCCCCUCCUGCCCUCCUCAACUGGAAGACAGUGAACGAGAAAAUGCCCUGGAAUAUUGUGUUCCUGCUGGGUGGUGGCUUUGCCCUAGCCCAGGGCAGUGAGGAUUCAGGCCUGUCGAGUUGGCUGGGGAACAAGCUGACCCCGCUACAGUCUGUGUCGGCUCCCGCCAUUGCCUUCAUCCUCUGCCUCCUGGUUGCCACCUUCACUGAGUGCACCAGCAACGUGGCCACCACCACACUCUUCCUACCCAUCCUAGCCUCCAUGGCCCAGGCCAUCUGCCUCCACCCUCUUUAUAUCAUGCUCCCCUGCACUCUGUCCGCCUCCCUGGCCUUCAUGCUGCCUGUGGCCACCCCGCCCAACGCCAUCAUCUUCUCUUUUGGAGGCCUCAAAGUGACUGAUAUGGCCCGGACGGGAUUCCUGCUAAACAUCAUCGGCGUGCUUGUCAUCAUGCUGGCCAUCAACAGCUGGGCCUACCCCAUCUUCGACCUGUACACCUUCCCCUCCUGGGCCCAAGACAACACCACAGCCCUCUGCAUGGGUGGCCAGGCAAACACCACCACGCCUCGCCCCUAGACCUGGGUUAAUCUGGCCAAGACCAGGAAGACCCAACCUGUCCCUACUCCUCUGCGUCAGGAGGGGACACGCAGGCGCCACGCCAAACAGGGAGAGAAAGGCACAUGUGUAGAUAGCCGCCUGUGUUUCUGUGAGAAAGGCGUGUGCGCGCUCCGUCCUGUGUGUCUGAAGAAAAUGUAUAUAUAUGUAUGUAUGUGUAUGGGAGGAUGGUGUGUCAGGUGAGCGUGUGUGAGAGGGGGGUUUGUGUGCAUGCACACGGUCCUGGGUGUGUGUGUGCUUCACGGUGCCUGUGUGUGAGUUCAUAGACAAUAAAACAUGCCCUCUCUGGCACCCCACGUCUUGGUAUCCCCAGCUUAGUGGGUGACCAGACCCCUUUGCACUCUAUUUAUUGAAACUCAGGGUUCGGGUGACCUGGGGAGGAGGGCCUACCAGCAGUUGCCAUGGCAACAGCCUCUGGGACCGGCCCAGCACACUGAGCUCUCCCCAGCCUCUUGGGUUUGGAAGGAGGGUUUGAAUACUAGCCACAUUAAAAUCUUCAGUAGA